AUGACUGAAUACGAACUUACAACAGUCACUUAUGGUACAACGAGUGCCCCCUAUCUUGCGGUACGAACAUUACAACAACUUGCUAUAGAUGAACAAGAUAAUUACCCAAUCGCAAGUAAAGCUACACUGCAAGACUUUUACGUAGAUGAUAUCCUGUCAAGAGAGUCUCAGGAGAGCUCAGCUAAAGAAUUGCAGGGACAGUUGAUAUCGAUGCUAGACAAAGGCGGAUUUAAACUUAGAAAAUGGUCAUCAAAUAGUCCAGAACUGCUUGGAAACAUACCCGUGGAAAACCAAGAUGAUGAAAUGCUCAAACUGCCUUUAGACGAAACGAGAAAAUCAUUGGGCAUAGCAUGGUCACCACGUGAAGACUGUUUUUAUUUCCGAAUAACUAUAACGGAAAAUAAAAAACCUACUAAAAGGUUUAUUAUGUCGGAAGUUGCGAAAAUAUUUGAUCCGUUAGGUUGGAUGGCACCAAUUAUAAUUAAAAUGAAAUUACUUAUACAAGAACUCUGGACAAACGGCUUAGAAUGGGAUCAACCAGUUGAUGACAUGGUUCAGAAAAAAUGGAUUGAAAUCCAAAAACAUGUCAAAGAUAUUGAGAAAAUUAAAGUUCCACACAGGUGGUGCUACACGACAGACAAUACAAAGAUCGAGUUAUUUGGUUUUAGCAACGCGUCUGAAAAAGCCUACGGAGCGGUUGUAUAUAGCCGUGUAAGGAUAAAUGACGUCUACUACGUUACAUCACUACAAGCAAAGUCAAAAGUAGCACCCAAGAAACAAAAAACUACUCUACCUCGACUUGAGUUAUGCGCUGCUGUACUAAUGGCCGGGUUGAUAGACAAGGUCAAGGAAGCACUUAACUGCAAGGACGUUGAGAUAUCUUGUUGGACUGAUUCAAUGAUCACCUUAGGCUGGAUAAGAGGAGAGCCUCAUCGGUGGCAAACGUUUGUGGCUAAUAGGGUAUCAGAAAUUAAACGGUUAGUACCAAACGCUCAAUGGAAUCACGUCAUUUCUGUGGAUAACCCGGCUGACAUCGUUUCAAGAGGCAUCGACCCAGAAAAACUAAUAAACCGAGCUUUAUGGUGGAACGGUCCGCAAUGGCUCGAAACUGAUAAGAUGCCUAUAACGAGAACGAUGCCACAGCCAAAUGAAGAAGUCGAGUUGUGUCAUUUGUCAACAACUAAAACAGUGACGAUUGAUUUCUGGGAUAGAUUUUCCCGUUGGGAUAGAAUGAUAAGGGUGCUGUCAUAUUGCUACAGAUUUGCAAGCAAACAAAAAAAUUAUAACCCAUUGUCGUGUAUGGAAAUAAAAUUAACGACAAAACGAAUUCUUAUGAUAGUACAGCAACAAGAAUUUGAGGAAGAAUUAAAAACUAUUCGCAAUAACCAAUCUUUAAAGAAAAACAAUAAACUGUCUAGUUUGGACCCAUUUAUUGACGAAGAUGGAUUACUAAGAGUAGGAGGGAGAUUACAAAACUCAGAACUACUCUACGACCAAAACACCCAAUACUAUUAA